AUGAAAACAUUUUACACAUAUUUGACAUUUCUAAUUGUUGCUUUUGUUAAAGCAAACUAUGUGGAACCUUUCAAAGCAAAUCCGCCUAUUUUUUGUUCGGAGCAUGCCCGAUGUCCUUUUAUGUGGCCAUGUUGUUCACAAUAUGGACAAUGUGGCAGUGGUCCUCUCUGUAUAGUUGGCUGUAAUCCCAAAUCCUCAUACAACAUAAAAAGUUGUGUGCCGAUUCCUGCUUUAUUGCCCGCGUUAGGCUCAGGGAGUCAUGAGCAGGCUGCUGAGGUUGUUAACUUUGUGCAACGAGCAACGUUGGCAACGAGUUUCGAGCGUAAGAUGAGUCCAGAGUUAUACAAUACUCAUCAUGAAGAGCAAAAGUUUCAAAUGUCAGCUGUAGAGAGUGAUUUGAAUAGCAGAGGGUUGAUCCACUUUCCUGAUUUUUUAAUUACUUCUAAUUCUGAAAUUGCAGAACAAAUGUUAGAGCACUAUGAUUUUACCCACAGUGGGUUCACAAGUAUAGAUUUUAGAACGGAAAAUCUAAUCCUUGGGAUGCCAAAGGGUACAACUGGUAGCUUAAUAACGUCUGCAAAGGCUUUUCUUUAUGGGAGAGCCGCUGUCACAAUGCGAACCAGCAGGGGAACUGGAGUGAUAACGGCAAUAGUUUUCAUGUCAUCGACACAGGAUGAAAUUGAUUUUGAAUUCAUUGGUGGAGAAUUGACAAUGGUUCAAACCAAUUACUAUUAUCAAGGUGAAUUGGAUCAUUCCAAAAUGCAGAAACACCCAUUGCCUUCAGAUAGUUUUGAGGAGUUUCACAUAUACGAAGUCGACUGGGAUAGUGAGCGCAUAAACUGGCUAGUGGAUGGAAGUGUUGUUAGGACAUUAUUUAAGAGGGACACCUGGGAUCCUGCAGCAGGUAUAUUCAAGUACCCACAAACACCAAUGACUCUCCAGAUUUCUCUCUGGCCAGCCGGUACUUCGGAUGCCCCCACAGGUACUAUUCAGUGGGCGGGAGGGUUAAUCGACUGGGAUCAUUCUCCCGAUAUCAUAAAAGAAGGCCAACUAUAUGCUACCGUAAAACGGGUUACCGUAACGCCAUACGACAACAAAUUUUGUCCAGAAAUUAUAGGAAAUGUAACUAACAUGAUAGUACGCAAUAAACCUAUUGACUCGUUUAGAAUCUCAUACGGAUAUGAACCUAAAAAUGGUAUUUACAAUGAAGAAAGCUUACGGUGGUAUCACGAUGCUCCGUUCUAUUUGAGCUCAUGGAGAUCAACUGGCUUAAACACCGGUAAAUAUCCAGAAAUCGCAGAAACAUAUCAAGAAGAAUAA